GCAUGAUAUAAACAGCCGUCACUAACUCUCUUUAUUCCGACCAUCAUGUCCCUAUCCUCGGCGCUCAAGACGUUGGCCAACUAUCGUGCUCACAAUACACGAGCAUCGCAGGAUGUCGUGGACAAGGGCUCUAUUGUUCUCAAGUCGAACGGAGCGCGGAAGCUGGGUGAUGAUGCAUGGGCAUUCCUAGAGCAGCUUGCGCUCGCGGCGAUAGAUAUAGGACGGUUGGACGUGGCGGACGAAUGCUUAACACAACUAUCUGACAAGUUCCCUGGUUCUCCUCGAGUGAGCGUACUCACUGGCAUACGAAUGGAGGCGACGCAGUCACCGGAGACUGUUAUGAAAUUCUAUGAUGAACUGCUCGCGGAGGACUCUGCUAAUGCCGCAAUCUGGAAACGCCGGAUAUCUCUCAGGAAACGAACUGACAAGAUUGAAAAGACCGUCGACGAGCUCUGUACCUACCUGGACACCUUCUACAAUGAUAUUGAGGGUUGGUUGGAGCUUGCGGACAUAUACUCGUCAUGCAAUCAAUAUACACAAUCUCUUCAAGCACUCUCUCACGUUCUCCUUCUCGCUCCUCAAAACCCUUUUCACUUCCUGCGUUUUGCAGAAACUGCAUAUACUGCCGGUGACAUACCCUUGGCGAUCAAGAUGUGUCUGGUCGUAGUGGACAUGACAGAACGAGAUGUGUCGUCUCCGCAUGAGACUGCCGCGGCAGGGAUCAGCAUUCGGGCGUGGUGGGGCGUCAAACUGUGUGCCCGUCGACUACUGGCAAACCCUUCUCUCCCUUCAACUUCAGGGACGGCGCCUCCGAAGAACUUGAGGCUUAUUGACGAGCUCGCGACGGAGCGUGUAAUGGCAACAUACUCCGUGACGGACAAACAGACGGCCCAAGGGAGAGACGCUGUUGUUGGGUGGAUGGGCGAUACGUAUUAGGCGAUUUUGGUUGUAACAUAUGGGCAAGCUUCUACAUCAUCCGUGUUGAACCGCAGUCUUUGCUCGCCUCUUUCGCAAGUUUAGACGCACUGUUCUCGGCGAUCGGACCCAGUAAACUAGCGAGCCAAUAUAAUAUGACAAGAUCACCUACGGCACAUGGCGGUAGAAGGCAGAAGCGACAUCGAAUGAGG